AUGUAUGUGUUGCAUGUUGCCAAGACGCUCAACUUUGUCGAGUACUUGAACUUCAAGGAAGUGCUGCAGCAGAUGGAUCUUACGUUUGGCUGGUUUGAGCAAGGAGCGCUACUCGAAAACCUGUAG